ACAAAAUGGCUGCGAGACCGCUGUCAACGAGAGCUCAGUGAAUACGCCUACCAUGACUGUCCGCUCCGCUGUCCGGAUCCACACAGAAUGUAUUUCCCCGGAGUCGCUUUUCACUUCGCACCCGCGGUAGCCAGCGCGUCGCUACUCGUCCGGCUGGCGACAUAAACAAACAAAAAAAACAUUUCUUUUUUGCACUUUAAAACAAGUUAGCUGACGGCGGCUCGCUCCAAUACGCGAGAACUCAUCGGUGUUUUUUUUUUAAUUCAUACCGAAAAACGCCUGAAUUCUCCGGUUUGCAAGAACCUGGCGACGGCCGACGACUCUCAGCGUCAACCAGCUAACGUUAGCUUAAAUUAGCUGCUUUUAAAAGUCAUUUUAUCCGUGUUGGUUUGUUUUUUGUUUGUUGUUAGUGGUGCUCCGUGUCCCCUCCCCGCCCCCUUUAUAUCGUGACGUUUUACAGAUUUCUUGCGAGUGUAAUGUCUCUGCGUAUUUUCAAUUUUUUUUCUUGCUCAAAGCAUAUACAUCACCGUGCCCGCUGUGUGUAACGUUAUAUCUGGCUCAGUAGCCGCUGUUUACCUCGGUCUCUUGUCACCAGUCGGCUUAUACCUGCAAAGUCUUGACUUAAAAAAAAAUCGCGACUGAAUCUCUGCACCAUCUCUUUUUUACGGGUAACUUCAGAAAAGACAUCGGAGGAUGCUUUUCUGCGUCUGUUUUUCUGCCAUGCAUCGACUCCUCACCGAAAGCUGCCAAAGCUGUGGUUAACGCGAGCUGAGAGAAGCUAGCGACAGAAGAAAGAGAACCAUUUGAUGGAAGAAAAGAAAAAGAAAAAACAAGAAGAAAAGACCAAGAAGGACACCGCUCAGAAAAAGGCUGCUGAUCAGAAACCCAAAGUGCCAGAGCCUGCUCCCACUAAGCCCAGCCCCGGCCAACCCCACCACCUCCACCCUGCCAGCCUCACGCUGCCCCUCUCCUCCUCCUCCUCUUCUUCUUCUGGCAAUGGCAAGCACACCUCCUCCAGUAGCCAGCUCCCGACUCAGACUCCCCCUCAGCAGCAGUGCCAGUUGUCCUCUGCCAGUGCUCGCUACCCGCCCAGAGAGGUGCCCCCGCGCUUCCGCCAGCAGGAGCACAAGCAGCUACUGAAGAGAGGUCAGCCACUGCCUGCAGGAGCCCUCAGCGCUCUGACCCUCUCCUCCUCUUCCACCUCCUCAUCUUACUCCUCUUCUACGAGUACAAGCAGCACUACCCCAAACUCUGCCACGUCCACUGCGGGCAAACGCCACCCAGACAUAUCCCUCCAGAGUGGCCCUGGUGCCCAGUAUGAGACAUCUCGUUGGGGAACCUCUUUGUCAGUUGAAAGCCCCACCAAUGCCAACAGCUGGGACAAAGUGAUUAUUGACGAAAGUGACAAGGAAGCUUGGCCCUCCAUCAGCCACAAUAGUGACCCCAACCACUCUGCAGGACCAGAAUGCCCCUUAGGCUCAGCAGGCUCUAACCUAGACACCAGUGCUGUCACUACCACCAAUAGUAGCUGUUUUCUGAGUAUGGCCACAGGUGCCGCAGGCCAGCAGGCCCACUACACCUCUCUCAAAGCUAACAAUAAUAUGAUGACGGGACCUGGGUCAGCCAACACACUAGCUGGUAAUAGAGGCUGGGGCUCUGAUGUGAAACAAGAAAGUAUGAAUGGUGGUCGAGUAGGAGCACCCAAUAACUGGGGCUCUCCCAAUUUUAACCUGAAUCUCAAUCCCAAUGCCAACCCAUCAGCCUGGCCUGUUCUGGGCCAUGAGGGUGGUGGCCCCAAUGGAGUCUCUAACUCUGCAUCUCUCCCACCAGGUAUUAAUGGCAAUGGAAACAUGGGAAAUGGGAGCCUUGGAGGUACUGAUAAUGGUGGGGGAGGUUGGGUUGGCAUGAUAAGUCCCAAUGAAAAUGAUCAACGCCCUUCAUGUAACACAAGCUUGUCCUUCAAUAUGGAACCUGCAAACCUUAACACUGAUGGACCAAACCACACUAAGCAACAGCAGCAAGUUCAGGAGCCUAUGAGCCCUAUCCAUGGCUUAACUGGCUGGGGAGGCCAAUCACCUACUGAAUCAUCCCAGCUCAAUGGAGACACAACAAGCACUUCUUUAUGGGGUGGUGGAGAAACAAAGUCUGCUGACUCUCCCAAGGAAUCAGGCUGGGACUCAAAUCCUUCCGGAGGCCUUUCUGCCUGGGGCCGCCAAGGCAGUGGCGGAGGGAGUAGUGGAAGUGGUGGCUGGGGUGACUGGGGAAAACCUGCUGUGGGUGGAGAUGGAUCUAAAGGCUGGGACUCAGUAGAUGCUGGUAGUUCAGGUUCAGGCCAAGAGCAGCAACUUAGCUCAUGGGGCCAGCAGCCUGGAACAGCCCCGGCCAGUGAAGGUAGUGGAGACAGCAGUGAAGGUAGAUCCCAGCAUAGAGACAGGUCCUCUAGCAUGGAGUUUACCCCUGUGUUACCCCGACAGGACCUGGACCCCAGGGUGCUGAGCAACACGGGCUGGGGACAGACUCCCAUUCGACAGCAUACUGUAUGGGAGAUGGAAGAAGCCAGUUCUGAUGAUGAUAAGAGCAACAGCAGCUCUGUAGGAGGCUCCAGCUCUAACAGUGGACCUUCAUCCAUCAAUGGAGGUACCAUCAACCCCAACAUCGGCUCCAGUCAGCGGCCUGGGUCUGGGGGAAAACGUGAAAAAGAAGAAUCAUCAUCCUCUGGUUGGGGAGCCCCUCCACCUCAGCCAAUCCAGACUGGAUCAGGAUGGGGAGAACCUCCACAGUCACUUAGCAAAGCCCCAAAUGGCACUAGCAAUAGCUGGGGAGACCCUUUGCCCACCAAUGGUCAUAAAAGUGGGGGCACAACAUCCUGGGGUUCUGAGGAGAAGUCACCCAGUUGGGAUGAUGGCCCUAUGAAAAGCCAGCCUACUAGCUGGGGUGAAGGCCCGAAAAAUACCCAUGGAUGGGGAAGCAGUAAUGGUGGUUCCAAUGGCUCCAGCACAGGAGAAUGGGGCGAAAAAGAGGUCAAGAACAAUAGUUCCUCCAGUAGCAUGUGGGAAGGAGAAGGUGGUAAUGCAGGAAAUGGUGGAUGGAAGGAAAGUCCCAGAGGAGGAAAUAGAGGAGGAGGGUGGAGCAAGCCUGCUCCUGCUGCGAGUAAUAGCAGCUGGGGGGAGAACCCACGUUCUAAUGGCCCAGUACAGGGUGGCUGGGGAUCUUCCAAGCCCCAGGAAAGCAGCAGCAGCAGCAGUACUGGCAGUGGAGGAGGAGGCAGCAUUGGUUCUUGGGGUGGCCCUGGUUCUGUGAAACAGAACACCUCUAGCUGGGGCAAUGUCAGCAAACAGGACCACGGCAAGGAAACUACUGGCUGGUUAGAGCCCUCCCCUCCAUCUAUCCGUAGGAAGAUGGAGAUUGAUGAUGGAACAUCCACCUGGGGCGAACCCGGUACCUACAACAAGUCUGUCAACAUGUGGGAUCGCAACAAUCCCAAUAAUAACCCAGGCAACAGCGGCUCAACUCCCAGUAAGAAUGGUGGAAUGACUAUGCCCAACAAUAACAACAAUCACUCUGUCAGCCCUGGGAACAACAAUCACCAUCAUGCUCACCACAUGCACCACCAUUCCCAUCAUGGCCAGCCCCCAACUCACCUGCAACAUCACGGAAACAACAAUGGAUCCCCCAACAAUGCCGUCUCACAUCCAGGUGCUGGUCCCCAAGGUAGACCCCCACUUGCCAACCCAGGUUGGGGAGAGCUUCCCAGUGCUCAGCCCAAGUCUGAGCCUGCUUGGGGAGAGCCAGCAGCUCCAACAUCAACCGUGGACAAUGGUACUUCUGCCUGGGGCAAACCCACAAGGGGAGUAGGAGGUUGGGGAGAUGGCAGCCAUGAGACCUCUGGACCCUAUGGCAGGGCCAACGCCCCCCCAGGUUCUACACCCUGUAAGCCAGGCCCUAAACCUAUGCAAGAGGGCUGGGGAAAUGGAGGAGAGGAAAUGGGCAUGUCUACCAGCCAAUGGGAUACUGAGGAUGGGGACAUGUGGAACAGCCCCACCUCCCAGGAGAGCAGCUCCUCCUGCAACUCUUGGGGCAAUGGACCCAAGAAAGGCCCAAGCAAGGGGAAGAUGGGCAACAAGCCAGAUGAGGCUUGGAUCAUGAAUCGUCUCAUCAAGCAGCUCACUGACAUGGGCUUUCCGAGAGACCCUGCUGAGGAGGCUUUAAAGAGUAACAACAUGAACCUUGACCAGGCCAUGAGCGCCCUGUUGGAGAAGAAGACGGACCUGGACAAGCGGGGUAUGGGCAUGUCUGACUACAGCAACGGCAUGAACAAGCCCAUGGUGUGUCGUCCCUCAGCACUCUCCAAAGACCUCUCUGACCGCACCUCCUUUCUCGACAAGGAUGGAAUUCUGUCAGACGACGCCUCCCCAUCACCGUUUCUGCCUUCCCCCAGCCUGAAGCUCCCCCUGGCCAACAGUAGCCUUCCUGGGCAGGGUCUGGGACAAGGCAACCCGGGGCUGGCCAUGCAAAACUUGAACAACAGACAGAUAUCCAGUGGAAUGUUUGGCAGCAGUGGAGCAGCACAAACCCGGGCCAUGCAGCAGCAGCAGCAGCAGCCUCCUCAGCCACCUGUGCCACCUCUCAGCUCCUCCCAGCCUAGUCUACGUGCUCAAGUGCCUCAGUUUCUCUCCCCUCAGGUCCAAGCACAGCUCUUGCAGUUUGCAGCAAAAAACAUAGGUCUGAACCCUGCACUUUUAACCUCACCAAUAAACCCUCAACAAAUGACCCUGUUGUACCAACUUCAGCAACUGCAAAUGGCGUACCAGCGUUUACAAAUCCAGCAGCAGAUGAUGCAGGCGCAGCGCAAUGUUUCCGGGCCCAUUAGACAACAAGAGCAGCAAGUUGCACGUACAAUCACCAACAUGCAGCAGCAGAUCCAGCAGCACCAGCGUCAGCUGUACCAAGCGCUGCUGAUGAAGCAGCAGCAACUUCCCUCUCAUUCCUCCUCCUCUUCCUCCUCUUCUGGUCUGCAUCACCCUGGUGGCCCCGCUGGAGGCCCCGGCAAAUCAACCCUGGACCCCUUCACAGGCCCACACCAGGCUCCGGGCCUCGUCGACACACUGCACACCAAAGAGGCGCCGUCUUCGCCCAAUGCCUACAGCACCUACCCUCUUUCUGGACUGAAUCCAAACAUGAAUGUAAACUGCAUGGAGGUUGGGGGUCUGUCCCUGAAGGAGCCCCCUCAGCCCCAAUCCCGCCUGUCCCAGUGGACACACUCCAACUCCAUGGACUCUGGCAACUCCUCAAACAUGGAGAACAACCUCAAUAAGCAUGGUGCCAUAUCUGCUGCCUCCAGUCUGGGGCCCCCUGGGAAGCCCCCCCAGCUAGAGGUCUCCUACAGCCCUUACAAUCUUAUAUCCAGCUCUGAGUCCCCCACCAGCCCCUUGGCACCCCCUGACAGUUGGGGCCAGGGUAAGAGCCCCAAUGAAAAGAUCACCAACGGAACCAACAUUAACUGGCCCCCAGAGUUCUGCCCAGGUGUCCCAUGGAAGGGCCUUCAGAACAUCGACCCUGAAAAUGACCCCAACAUGACUCCUGGUAGCGUCCCCAGCGGUCCCACCAUCAACACCAACAUCCACGAUGUCAACCGAUACCUUCUUCGGGAUCGGAAUGGAGGCAAACUGUCUGACAUGAAGUCCACCUGGUCCCCAGGGCCCAUCUCACAGAGCCAAGGCUCACUGUCCCAUGAGCUGUGGAAAGUCCCCCAGGGCCCACGCAGCUCCGCAGCUCCUUCCAGACCCCCGCCAGGCCUCACCAACAGCAAGCCCUCCUCUACCUGGGGCGGUAACUCGCUGGGCCUGGCCCAAGGCUGGAGCAGCUCCUAUGCCUCCGAGGGAACCACCUGGAGUACUGACAGCUCCUCCAGGACCAGCAGCUGGCUGGUGCUGAGGAAUCUCACUCCACAAAUUGAUGGUUCAACUCUGCGGACCCUGUGCAUGCAGCACGGCCCCCUGAUCACAUUCCACCUCAACCUGACCCAGGGGAACGCCGUGGUACGCUACAGCUCCAAGGACGAGGCUGCAAAGGCCCAGAAGUCUCUGCACAUGUGCGUGCUUGGUAACACCACUAUCCUUGCGGAGUUUGCUGGCGAGGAGGAGGUGAAUCGCUUCUUUGCACAAGGUCAGUCGCUAGCGGCAAACACCACUAGCUGGCAGGCCAACCCGGGAACCAAUCAAAACCGAAUGGGCGGAGCGGUGCAGUCCCACUCGAUUGGCCAGUGGAGCAGCGGCGGUGGCGGCAAGGCCAGCGGCGGCGAUCUGCUGUGGGGCGGGGUGCCUCAGUACUCCAGCCUUUGGGGACCGCCAAGCGGAGAGGACGCCCGCGUGAUCGGGAGCCCUACCUCCAUCAACACCCUGCUGCCUGGAGAUCUACUGAGUGGGGAGUCCAUGUAGGAUGAUGCCACGAUACACUAACCGACCGACCACCGUGUCAUGUAAGCCAAUCGGUGGUGGGUGAGGUGGAAAAAAAAAAAUACAAAACAAACAAAAAAAGUGAACAGGAGCAAAACCCAAGCAAAUCAUGUGGCGAUAAUCAGUAUCAAUUUGAACUGUUUUGAACUGUGAAUUGUGAUUCAGAAGGAAGGGGGUCCCUACCACAGACUGCCGACUCCACUCCUUCUGUUUUACAUUUAUCCUUCUUUUUUAUUUGGUUUAUUUUUUUUAUGGAAAAACGGCAAGUUGUUUUCCUUUUGCUAUAUUUGAAAUGCAUCAUAUAAAACAAACUGAAAUGAGACACAACACAAAGAAACCUUUUAAGUAUUUUUAGUUUUUCCAUAAGUAUACAUGACAUUCUGAGUGAAGUGUUGUUAGGAGAAGCAAUCAAAGCUGCCAUCUGAGACUUUCCUUUUCCCUCCAAAAAAGAAAAACAAAUCAUCCCAAAAUAAGACUUAAAACGACCAUUCCCAGCAUGUCCAUGGCCAAUGAUGUGGUUCGAAGACCUUUACGAGUUAUGUUAACAUUGUUUUCUCAGCACUAAUAUUAGCCUUAAGUGCUCUCUGGCCCAGGUCCUUCCCACGCACCUUUUUUAGUUUGUUUUGUAACUGAAGAUAUAGCUGAAAUCUUGCACAGUUUCACCUCUGAGCCAGCAAGUGGUAUAGGACACAAUUGGUGACCAACUCUGUCACUGGGCAGUUAGAAGGCCUGGCCAUGUGACUGGCCCUACCAAUCAUCAGCUUAAAUAAUUAAAUUUGUCUUUUCAAAGGAAAUGCUCAGCUAUUAAAUGUUCUUAUUUUAUUAGGUUUAGAUCCAAGCGCAUUUUUGAUAUCUGUCACAACAUAUAAGCUGAGAGAAGAUUAUUCGUUAACCUUGUCUCUGUUUUCAUACAUGACCUUCGUAUGUCCGGUGGUACCCAAUCACUGACAUCUGCGAGGCCAGAUGCUUCUGGUCACCCUCAACUUGGAACAUACUGGUGCUUUGUUGAAUUUUCAAUUAUCCAGUUUGUUACGAAGCCCAGUGGUCUGAAUGAUCAGCCAUUUUUUGGGGAAAAAUAAUUAUACAAUUUCACCUUCAUGACAGUUCAUUGUGCAAUAUACACCAUAGACUUUUCUUCCGUCCAUACUCGAUGUCCACCGGAGCUGGUUUCUCUUAUAUUUUUAUUUUCUUUUUUUGAUUGUUGCUGAUUGCAGCAAAAGACUUUGGAACUCAAAAAGAAAUAAACACCUUACCCCCUUUUCACAACUUGGAUUCCCUCCAGGCUGCCAAUCCCCCUGAUACUGUUGGGAAAACUCUGCAAAGAGGAAGAAGCAGCUUUUGAACUGUGCAUGCAGAAAACUGUACUGAAGAGUGAAACUGGGCACACACAUGCAUACUUCCUCUCUGCGUGCCACAGCCACGCCCAACAGAGACUGAAUCUACAGUGGGAUUGGAUGGUUCUGGGUAUCUGGCACAAUACCAAAUAAGAGGGGUUUCUCCUAAUGCAGUAAACCUACGAGUGUUCCUUGCGUUUGGUACUGUAUAAACAGAAGAGACUAAGACUUUUAUAAAUUCAAAGGGUUUUAUCAUAGCACUUAUGAAGAGCAAAUCGCUUCAACUGCAAUCCAAUAAAUCAAAAAAAGGAGCAGCAAAAACAUAGAAAACAACAAAAAAAACCUGCUCUUUUAUGUACUGUAUCAAUUUCUUGGAAAUGUGUCUGGCGUUGUUCCUCUGGUAGCAGGAUGAAGGGAAACAGAACUGAAAUGUACCAUUGGACUUUUGGGGGGAAAGAACUGCAGUCUACGAUCCCCCCCUCUUUCACCUUUAUCAAAGUGAAUAUCACUGUUACUCCAAAUGUUUUCGCCUUGUUCUGUUUGGAGGCACUAGACUUGCAAUGUCAGCUGUCUCGACGCCUGCUGGCCCGUCAAGCCAGUCGGUCGGUGGAUGAGUCCGAGUGGGGUGGGGAGGUGGAGUGUCCACUGAGUGCCUCUAUGUUGUGGUCCUCUGGGUGUCAAGCGGCAGCCCCACUUCCUCCCGGGCUCCACUUGACCAUCCCUCAGCCUGGCAAGAAAGCGGCUCCUCCAAGACUCGGCCAAUCACGGCUUUUGCCACACACACGUGCAGCAUCUCCAACGGGGGCCCGCCACCACUCAACCCUGCUGUCAUCCUGCCCUCCCCCCUCAUCUCUCAGUUCUUUGACACAAAGAUCACUUUAGCUGGAAGAUGUAAUAGUCAUAUUUCUGGAAUUUUUGCCAGUGUACUCUUUUUUUUGAAAAAAGGAUGAUUUGACUUUGUUUCCAAUGUGUUCUAUUUUUUUUUUUGUCUACAUGCAGUGGUCUACAAUAUACUGGCUGCUGACUAGCCCUUCACUGUUCAUAUGCAGAAACACUUUGGUCAGAGGUGCCUCUGUAUGUUCAUCCUGUGUAUUGAAUGCAAAACGAGGAUCAAUACUACAGACCGUAAUUGAUUGUCUAUUAGUUUUUUUUUUUAACUAUCAUGCUUUUGUGUUUGACAGUAUUCUGUAGUACUUCCAGGUAGUACCUUGAGAUGUGUAAAAAAAAAAAAAGAAAAAAGAAAAAAAAGGGGUGUGGGUGUUUGUCGCUCCAAGCUGCUCCGCCUGCCCGCAGGCUGUCCCCCCUUCCCCUUUGCCUAGCUGCUAUGCUAUAACCUCCUCACCUCCACCACCUCAACCAGACCCAGUAGCCCCCCCCCCCGACCAGGCACCAACAGGCCCUCGUAUCUGUUUCUAUGCAAAAGACUAGAGGCUGGGGCCCUUUACAGCACGCCAAACCCGACUCUGGAAUGAGCGUGGCAAACCCUGACACUCGUCCCCGGUGGCUCCUGUCAGCACUUCGGAAUGGCCACCGUUUCUGUAAAGUCAGGCAAAGCCACCAGAACACUGUCGUAUACUUAAAGUUCGAACACUUUUAUCAAAAGGUCGAACUUUGUCUCUGCGCUGAAGACACUUCUGUCCAGCUUGAUCUCAGGGUUGGGGAGUUGAUGAUACCAAGCACGAGAUGCAGCUCUCCGUAUCUGUCCUUUCUACUGUGAGAGCGAAGUCUUAAAUUUAAAGGCCAUCUGCGCAACAAUAUGUACAGACCUCAUGCCUCGAACUUAAUCCUAAUUGGAGGAGAAAAGGCUUGUAUUCAAUCCUUUUCUCAAAAGGUGGCCUACAGUUACUGUGGCCUAUUAUUGCAUGUCAAAGAUGCCAAUGUAACGUGCCAAUAUAAAUUUGCUGUGUCAUACCGUGUCUUUGUAGACAGCACUUCUGUUCCGUACUCGGAGGAGCUUUGAUAACCUUUGCGGAGGGUGCAGCGGGGGACAGGAGGGAACAAACAAAUGGGCGGCAGCAUCACACCCUGAAAUGACUGAGAUUUUUUUUUUAUGCUUUUGUGGGGAACGCCCCAUGCUAAGGAGAAAGUCUACUCAGUUGGGGGUUCCAGUUUGCUACAGUGCACAGUUGCUGAUGGGUAAUCCCGGGUACAUAUUUUUUUAAAACCAAAAAUGAAAUCGCAUUUUAACGUCAUUUUUAUGAAGUUUGACAUAAAAAUCUUAAAAAUGCUAAAAAAUCUAAAUGAAAAAAAAAGAUCUAUAAUAUGUUAAAGCUCUGCACUUAUAGCUGAAACGUCUCCGGCCAUCAGCUUCUACUACCACCAUCUAAAGGAGUAGACUAGUGGCUGGGGUGCCUUUUUUUGUGGAUGCUGUAUUUAUCUCGUUUUUAUGUUUGUGUCCUGCUCAAAGCGGGUCCCACUGAACUGUACAUUUCCACAGACCCAGAUGGCUUGGGCCCACUGUAUCAGCCUCAACUCCCCUCACUCUGCAUCAGCAAGAGGGGAGGGGGCACAUUUCAAGAGGUACAAAGUCUUAAAAAUCAUUUAAAAAAAAAAAAUGUUUAAAAAUUAAAAAAAAUAAUAAUAAACAAGAAAACGGGAAAAGGCUACCUUUCAGGACUUGCAGUCCUGCAGCACACAAGCAAAAAUCACUAUUGCCUGUUUCUGUAACUGCCUUGAUCCAAGCUCAGACAGACCCAAUAGCCGAGGACCUCCCAGCAUCCUGUACUAACUGGAGAACCCUGACAGUGAAGGGGGUUUCCCAUGCUGCACCAGCAUCGAGAGGGUCUCCUCUCUACAGCUCUGUUCUAGAUAACAGUAUAUAAUGUAUGUAUACACUACAUAUAUGUAUAUGUAUAUACUGUGAGUGUGGUGUGUAUUAUCACCUCUUCUGACUUCUUGGAUCUUAACCUCUGAAACUCUUCGUUUUUGUUUGAAAAGGUCUUGGUUUGAUACACCUGAAAAUGAGCAAUAUGUAUUUUCCCCGCAAAUAAGUGACACAAAGGAAAGAAUUAGGGUCGGGUGUAAACGGAUACUUGAUUGAUUGAAAGCUGCGUCUUUGUUCUACGGAGUUGGAUAUGCACGUUCUGGUUUUGAUGACAUAUUACAGUACUUUGAAGUGCUCGUACUGUAUAUAUGUGUUUGUUUGUUAGUUAGCCCAACCUGAAUCACCUGGUUUGAUGCAUAUUUUACCCAGUUGAUGAGGAAAAAAAAUCACAAACAUAUCAAAACAAAACAUCGAACACAAAUACUUGAAUCAUGGAGCGCCAAUAACGUAAUGUGAAGUCAGUAAUUCUUUUUUUUUUUGUUCUCUCCGUCUGACAGGUACACUUAGGGGCUUUUUAGAGAAUAUCAAAAAUGUAUUGCAUUAAGUUACAAAUACAAAAUCUCUGAAAAAAAAAUGCAAAAGUCAUCUUAGAUGUGUGCUUGAAAGUCAGAUGUUUGUAUGAAUGUGUGCGCACAAGACGUGCGUACAGGGCACAUGGCCUGCUGUUAUGUUCCACUCAGUAUGUUAUAUUUUGUCUGUUUUUAUCUUUUCAUUUGUGUCGUUCCUCUGUCAAAUACUAUUCUGAUAGACGUUGUUAUCUUCUAACGUUGCACUGAGUGUCUUCUACCCCUCACUCAGCUAAUCGUAGGUAAACGAGUCUAAGUACGGAGGGGAGAUGGUGACAAUUCACGUGUACAUGUUUACUCAAGGACUUAAUGGAUUUUUUUGAUUCUAUCUGUAAAAAGUUUAUCUACCUUAUAGUGGCUUUUAUUGUGGAAUAAUCCAGUACAAGGAUUAUCAUUGAGUAUUGCACCAUUUUGUUCCAGUUAUACAAUAAAAAUAAGAAAAAAAGAAAAGAGAAAAAAAAAGACAAAAAACUUAAAAAAUGGGGGAAAAAAACAAAGAACUGUUGCCAUAGAUAGCUGUAGAAGGAAUAGUAAUCCCUAUGUUAACUUCAUGUGGAAAUGGAAAAGGGAUAAAAGUGUGGGAGGUGAGUUUGUUACAAGACUCAUUUCAGAGGUGCCUAUCUUUUCUGUUCUCGUUUUUUGCAAAAGCCACUUGUCGUUUACAAGCAUUUCAUGUGUCUGAAGUUCAAGGAAAUAGACAUUUAUAAACAGGAAUGUUGUGUAAAAAACAAAUGAAAAAAGAAAAAGGACAAAUUUCAUCUACCAUCAAAUAUGGACAUGAAAAAAAUCUUGCAAAAUGAAGAUUUAUGCUACUUUUCAGAACUCUGGGAUUGAUCAGUGUUGUGUCAUACUUCAGUUAUUGAUUUCUCAUUUUUUCGAUGUGGACAGACUAUCUCUGUAUGUGUUGAGUUGUGAUUUUAUGUUUUCUGUAAGCGACGCCGUUUGCUUACGAUCUUGCACACUCAUUAAAAAAGAUGUGGAUUUUGUCUCAGGAAGGCCAGGGUUCCAGAUCCCAACUCCCAUCAGUUAUAAGUUUAAUGUUUGUAUGGAAAAAAAAAAAACAAGCAACUGAAAACAAUUCAACUCCAAGAAAGCACUGAAGGUUUAACAGAAUAUA